GUGGGAGCAGGAUGGAGACCUGGAAAGGAACACAGCCCUGGGAGGGGUGCCCAUGACUAGGGUGGAGUGGAGGUGGUCAGGCCAGAUACAGUGAGAAACCAGAUAAAUGGACAAGGGGCAGGGGAGCAGGAAGACUGAGCACCCCCACACCACUCAGGGUCGUCCUCCGUUGCCGACCCAGAGCACGUGCUGGGAGAACGAGGACUGGCCGCAUUUCCACCUGCUGCUGUUUGCUGUCAGUUAACUGGUCUGUGAAAUGGGUGGGGUGAUCCUGCCCACCCCCGGACCCCAGAAUGAGCCGAGCUGGAUUCUCCCCAUCCGUCUACCGCCGAGGAGAACCGCGGAAACAGGCUCGGAAAGGUCACAGCGCGGUGGGUGGUGACUAGCUGCACUAGGCUGGCCUGGCGCAGGUUAAUCGCUCCGUAAAUGCCUUCUGAGGUCACCGUUAAGGGAUGCAGGAGGCCAGGCUGCUGGGGCAGCUGGCUGGGGCACCCCCACAACAGGCAGGUGACUCCAGCCUGUUUUCCUGGACCGUGGCCUCUGACUCAGGCACCCCCCACCUCCCUUGCGCUCCCCCACGCGGGCGCCCCCAGGCGGAAGCACCGGGCCUAGAGUGGCAGGAAAGAGGGCGGGACGGGAGCCAACCUGUGCACCCCGAAACCCCGUCCUGGGGAUCCGACCCAUCGGCGCUGCCGUUCGUGACCUUGGGUUCAGCAGCAUUUAUGGAAAGACCCCCAAUAUACGAAGCGAGGCUUCGGGGUGGGUGGCCCAGAACCUAAGGCGCCCCAGGGCCCCGGCCUGCAGGCAGGGGCGGGGGCCCGCCUGCGUCAGCGGCCGCCCGGCCCUCCGCCCCCUGCCCGCCCAAACUCCACCCCGAGGGAAGGCGGUGCGGAUAAAGGCUUGGGGGCCGCCCGCUCGGCCCCAGACCUGCCCCGCCACCGCGCUCUGUCCCCGGACGUGGGUGCACUCGGGACUGUUGAGACCUCGGACCGGCCGCGUCCGAUCUUUCAAGCGGCGGCGGCGGCGGCGGCGGGGACGGCUGUUGCUAAGGGAGGGGACGCGCGGGGAAGCGCGGCCCGAGCGGCGGCCGACACCGAACGCGACCGCCUAAGCGGCGCCCCUUUCUCGGGACCCUCCCCCACGCCCAGCGUCCUUGAAAGGAGCCGCGAGUGCAGUCCCCACCCCCGGAAGGCGCCCCGACGAGCCAGAGCGACCCCGGAGCGCCGCUCGGAUUUUUGAUUCUUGAUUCACCUUCCGCUCCUGGGACUUUCUCGAAGGGUUCGUGCGCUUUCCCUAGGAACGGCGAGGACCCCCGGUUCGGGGAGCCCAACCCCCCUGCACUGCCCGGAGGCGCGACGAGGAUUGGCGGCGCCCAGUGGACCCCAGCCCUCCAGCGCGGGCCGGGGAUGGAGCCGCAGCCCGGAGGCGCCCGGAGCUGCCGGCGCGGGGCCCCCGGCGGCGCCUGCGAGCUAGGCCCGGCGGCCGAGGCGGCGCCCAUGAGUCUGGCGAUCCAUAGCACAACGGGCACCCGCUAUGAGCUGUCGGUGCCCCCGGACGAAACGGUGGAGGGGCUGCGCAAGCGGCUGUCCCAGCGGCUCAAAGUGCCCAAGGAGCGCCUGGCGCUGCUCCACAAAGACACCCGGCUCAGCUCGGGGAAGCUGCAGGAGUUCGGCGUGGGGGAUGGCAGCAAGCUGACGCUGGUGCCCACCGUGGAGGCGGGCCUCAUGUCCCAGGCCUCGAGGCCAGAGCAGUCUGUGAUGCAGGCCCUGGAGAGCCUGACCGAGACGCAGCCCCCAGUGGCGCCCGGGCCGGGCCGGGCUGGCGGAGGCGUCUUCCGGAAAUACCGAUUCAUUUUAUUUAAGCGUCCGUGGCACCGACAGGGACCCCAGAGCCCAGAGAGGGGCGGCGAGAGGCCCCAGGUCAGUGACUUCCUGUCGGGCCGCUCGCCGCUGACCCUGGCGCUGCGCGUGGGGGACCACAUGAUGUUCGUGCAGCUGCAGCUGGCCGCCCAGCACGCCCCGCUCCAGCACCGCCACGUGCUGGCCGCCGCCGCCGCUGCCGCCGCCGCUGCCCGUGGGGACCCCGGCAUGGCCGCCCCCGUGUCCCCCUGCCGGCCCAUGGCCGGCGCUGCCCGAGUCCCCCCGAUGGCCAGCAGCCCUGCCCCCACGUCCCCCUCGCCUGUCACCGCCGGCUCCUUCCGAUCCCACUCCGCUUCCGCCACCUGCCCUGAGAUGGACUGUUCGCCCCCUGCCAGUGCUGGCGCUAGCCCCACUUCCACCCCCGGGGGGAGCCCUACCUCCCGCUCCCGCAAGCCUGGCGCUGUCAUCGAGAGCUUCGUGAACCAUGCCCCAGGGGUCUUCUCAGGGACAUUCUCUGGCACACUGCACCCCAACUGCCAGGACAGCAGCGGGCGGCCGCGGCGUGACAUCGGCACCAUCCUGCAGAUCCUCAACGACCUUCUGAGUGCCACGCGGCACUACCAGGGCAUGCCUCCGUCCCUGACCCAGCUGCGCUGCCAUGCGCAGUGCGCGCCCGCCUCACCUGCCCCGGACCUCACCCCCAAAACUACCUCCUGCGAGAAGCUGGCGGCUGCAACCCCAGCCUCCCUGAGCCAGGCCCGCAUGUGCAAGCCCCUGGGGGACCGGCUGCGGCAGACAGAAAAUCGGGCCACCCGCUGCAAGGUGGAGCGCCUCCAGCUCCUGCUCCAGCAGAAACGGCUCCGCAGGAAGGCCCGGCGGGAUGCCCGCGGGCCCUACCACUGGCCGCCAAGCCGCAAGGCCGGCCGCAGCGACACCAGCGGUGGCGGUGGGGGCAGCGGGCCCAGUGAGGCCUCCGGCUUGGGCCUCGACUUCGAGGACUCCGUUUGGAAGCCGGAAGUCAACCCUGACAUUAAGUCAGAGUUCGUGGUGGCCUAGGAACCACGUCCCUCGCCCGGCUACCUUGAGCGGAGAGUCCCCUGGGCCAGCCUGCGCGCGGGAGGGCAGGCAGUUGGGGUCAGGGCAGUGGGAGGCCCCUCCCUUCCUACCAGCUUCCUUCUGGUUUUUGUUUUUUUUUUUGUUUUGUUUUUGUUUUUUUUGUUUUUUGCUUUUUGUUUCUUGUGGGGUUUUUUGUUUUUUUGUGUGUUUUUUUUUUUUUUUUUUUUUUUUCAGUUUUUGGGGUUUUGGGUUUUUUUUUGUUUGUUUGUUUUAAUUUCCAUUCUUACCAUGGUUUUCUGAACUCUCCGUGGACUUGGUUCCUGCCUCCUUGGUUUAGCUCACACUUCCCCGCCUCUUCCUCCCGUGGUGGCUCCCGUCCUCAGCCAAGCCGGGCCCUCCCCGCCCACUUCCCAAGCUCCAGAGAUGUAGCAGUCACUCCAGAUGGCCGAGAGUGGGACGAGACGAGGAAGCCGCCCCCACCCCUUCAGGUUUAAGUCAAAAACGUAGAUGCCUCAUGAUGCACUUUACAGACGGGCAGGGCCAAGGAGGGAAGGCCCACUGCAACUGCACCCUGGCCUUCAGGGUGGCCGGCAGGCCCCACAGCCACCGGAGACCCGCUGCGCUGCCCCUGCGGCCAGGUCUCCUCCACACCUAUGCUUUUUUCUCUUGGUCUAUUUUUCCAGGACAAAAAGAGGAGGGGCGCUUCAGUAGGCUGGCCCCAGCCUGCCUCUGGGGUUCAGGUGGAAGUGUGGGGCCCUCUCCUAAUAGGAAAGGAAGGGAGGGGGACAGACCAGCCACCAGCCUUUGCAUCCACGCACUGUGCCAUCUCCCCUGGCCCCACCCCCUUUUUGUUCUGAGCUUGGGGUAUUUAUAGACUAUUAAUUUUCUGAGCCAAUAGUGGUUGGGAGUCUCUUGAAAACUGGGAGAGAAACGGUUGGGGGACGGAGGAAUCACCCCCAGCCCUCCUUCCUGGCCCAACCCAAGAGAGAUGUGGCCUGUGGGCUGUGUCUGGAGGGCCCCCUGGCAGUCAGGAGGGGAGGGGGUGCUGAGCUGUGAAGCCCCAGUAGGGGUGACGCUGUGUAGCAUUAACCCCCUGGGGGGGGGGGCUUCGCUGCUGGUCUAAAUUGGACCCUCCCCACUCGUGCCCUUAUCCCCAGAUUCCCCUGGGGCAGAGGGACAAGCCCUCUACUGGGGCCAUUUCAAUGGGGGUGGAGUUUUUUUUCAUUCACUUAUUUUUUAAUGAUAAUGGAGAUUAUCAGGCCCUGCCCCCUGCCCAAGUCUGGUCCUUGCCCCGCCUUUCUGUCCUCCAGACACCCCCACUCCCUGCCUGUUCCUCCUUUCAUCCUAUUGUAGGUGAACCCCCCCAUUAUGUGUUUAAAGUUAAUGGUUUCAGAUGUGAACAUCAUGUGUUAAUUGUAGCUCUGUAAACUUUUUUGUGGGGGGGUGGGUAGGGAGGGGUCAGAGGGUAGGGGUCACUGAUUUUUGUUUGUUUUCAUUUUCCAAAAAAAAAAGAAAAAGAAAAAAGGAGUGGGUUUGUUUUUGAAGAACUGUGUUGGAUACCUAUUUAAAUGUGUUCUGUUUUGUCGGGGUUUUUUUUGUUUGUUUUGUUUUUUUAAACAAUUUUUAAAUAACACCUGUGCCUCCACGGGUCUGAGGGUGGAGGUCCCAGGCAGCCCUUCCCUCUCUGCCCUCACCAGGGCUCCCCCAAGAAAGCAUUACCCACCCUCAGGGGUCGGGCUAUGGGGUGUCCCGGCACCUUGCCUGAGUUUCCUGUAUGAAAACAAAAUUGGGAAAGAUUAAACCUAUACAAACACCGUGAUUUCAAGUAAUAAACAAGAUGAAACGAG